AUGACAAUACCAACCAUCAGUAUAUCCCCGUCGCAAACCUUUGUCCCAUUUCCAACUCAGCCAUUCCCAAGCGAUACUCUCACAACAGGCCCAGAGACAAGUGGAAAUCAGUUCCCAAAUCGGAACAGUACUACUGUACCAGGGGUUAACUUCACUAUACCGUCAAUCAGUAUAACUCGGGGUGGGACAUUACCCUUUCCGACGCUGCCACUGCCAAGUGAGUCGAUCACGACUGUAUCUAGGAUUGAGACAACCUCAGUGCCAAGUAGCAGCGAAAUUCCGGGCUGGAAUGGUACCACUUCUGCGCCUGGAGGCAAUGCCUCCGUCCCGACAAUCAGUGUAUCGCACACUGGGACAUCAUCGCUGGUUCCGUUCUCAAGUGUGUCUUCGCCGACCGUUUCUCAAGUAACGUCAGGGUCGGCCCGAAGUGAGACUUUGGUGUCUGGUUGGAACACAACAACUUGGGGAUCUGAAGGCUCUGGUUCUGUUGCGACUGUCAGCUCCUCUGAGACUGGCUCAAUUGUAACUCUUCCUACAGAGUCAGAAGCUCUUUCCAGUUCUCAGAGUGGUGAUGUUGGUUGGAACAUCACGUCAUCCAUCUCAGGCAUCGUCUCCCUCCCAACCAUCAGUGUACCAGCCUCUGAAAUCCCAACUCUGCCCUUUCCGACAGCCUCAACCGAGGUUCUCAGCACUAUUGCUAGCGAAAGUGUUGUCCAGAGCGGUGACAUGACGGGCUCUGGGCCUGGGAGUACUGGAACCGUUACAUCCUUCUCGAGUCCUGUGGCUGCAACUUCAACGUCCGGCGCCUCCAACGGCCCCGCGUCACCAAGUAGUAACGCAACAACAACAACUGGCGUUCCCGAGUUCCCUGCCGCCAACUUCACCCACGUUACACGCACCGCAGCCAUCUCGCAAGAAACAUGCUACACCCUCCCCAACCCAGGCGGUGAUUGGACCCGUCGAGCGUUGCUGUACAACGCGAGACUUCGAGAGAACAACGUCUCAAUCCCCAUUCCGUACAUUGAAUCUGUUGAGUUUGAGAAAGAUGGCAUUAAUCCGCUGUAUCUCACUGUUCGCGAUGAACAAGGCGGGAUCUACUAUGUCGACAUUUCUCAUCGGGGCAGGCUUUCGGUCGUUGAUCCUAAUGGGUACUUGGUCACGCUUGAUGCUAAGGGGAUUCACUUCUCGGGGAGUAACUGCACGUACGACAUAUCGAUCUCGAUUGACGAUAUGUACGAGCAGAUUGCCGACUUGGCGGGUGUACAAUGUGCUGCACUCAAACGCAAGCGCGCCGAGGACUUGGACUUCAGUCAGGUUCUGUACCUGCAUGACCAAUGCGGGAACCCCGUUGACAGGUCGGUCAGGCAGUAUCCUCAGCUUCUUGUAGGCGAUACAGUCUGUGCAGAUGUCGCUGUUGAUGAUGAAACUGGUCGCUGGGACUUUGAGUGUACGUUCCCGGGAUCUGAGUCUGGCUCGUUGAGAUGUCAGUUGGCUAUCAAGAAUAAGAUCGUCGACUUCAUCAGCACAGAUCCAUUUGGUGGUGCAUGUCCAGACUUGUCCACUGUCGUCACCACGCUUGAAGAAUCAGGACAGGAUAUCGUUGACCCUGAACAGCUUCGCAAAGAUCUUGCCAAUCAGGGUCUGACCAGCGACAGAGCCAAGCAAGAGGCUGAUGCAGCUGUGGUUGCGUACACCCAGCUCUGGCAGGCUCUUGGAGCAAUCUUCACCAAGAACACAGAGACUUCACAGGGUGCGUUGGAAGAUUACAUCGACGUAUACAACACCCACCGAAGUUUCGAAAACGACAUCUGUCAAUCCCUCCACGAAGGCGAAAUCCCCCUCAACCUAACCCUCAUCGCCGGCGCAACAAGCAUACCCGCCAUAACAACCCUCAACUGGGCCCCCGAGACAACAAAACCCUACAACAUCACAGUCCAAGACUCAUCACGCAUCGCCUGUUGUCCCAAUAGCGCAGUCGCAGAGGGAGAAGGCGCUACAUGUUCGUAUCCCCGCGACGCCAUCAUCCCCGGCACAGGGUGCGUCUGCGGUAAGAGUGCGGCAGGUGUAGGGAUUGCGUUUGAAUGGACGGAGUGUACGAAUUACAAGGGGGGCUGUGAAGCUGAUGGGGAUUGCGGGGAUGGGUAUUUGUGCCUGACGGGAAGUUGUUGUGGUGGGGGUGUUUGUGUUGAUGCGUUUGCUUGUUCAGAGAAUGGGACGGAUUUAGUGCAGCAGUUCGAUGGAGGGUUUUAG